CAACUGAUGGGAUUGUUCCUAAUGCAUUAUGCCGUUAGCAUAUACAGCUAGCGGUUCCGGUACGAUACCGCAUUCACAUCGCCAUCAGCAGCAACAGCAGCAUCUACAACAACAUUCCACUGCUUCACUGUUAACUUCAGUACAAAAUUCAUCUGGAUCUAGUCAGAAUAUCAGUGAGAAUCCGACAUCUACCAUUUAUCACACUUAUCAGCAACAUUAUCAACCGGAACGGCAACAAACCGUUCAUCCACAACAACAACCUUUUUCAACUGCGACCAAAACACAUACCAGUAUAUCAGAUGCUUUACUGUUAGCAUUACACCGGAAACCUUCUGCGCGUUUGUUCCGCGCUUUAUUCCAGUAUCUUCCAAUACGUGAUUCACCGAAUGAAAAUCCGCAAUUGGAAUUACCACUUCAAGCCGGAGACUAUAUACUGGUACACGGUGAAAUGGAUGAGGAUCAAUUUUAUCGUGGCGAAAAGCUGGAUGGCCAAACGGGUUUAGUACCAUCGAAUUACGUGGAACACGUUCCCAAUCAGCAUUUACUGCUGAACACAUCCCGGAUUCCGUCACCUUCGUUCCCGUUAACAAUACCUCAACAUCUGACCCAGAUCCAACAUGAUUUCUCCACUUCAGCUCCUUCUGGUACCGCAGGUAUAACUGCAACUAUGCGACAAUCAACAAUAACGCCACCACUGCCCGAUUCUGUUUGUCCUUAUCCUCCCGUUGAUAUUGCUAAAGUUACAGUGCAGGAAGUGAAGAUUACCGAUAAUCCACGUGGUAAGUUUUUUUUAUAA